AUGAGACAAGUGAUUUAUAGGUCACUGCAAAGGAAGUUGGUGUACGGCUUGAGCAGUACCACAAAGCUUCUUCACUUACAUUUGCGAUUCAGGAUGGCCCUCAAGCUGGCCAAACAGUUCCGCACGUCCACAUCCAUGUCAUCCCCAGGAAGAAGGGAGAUUUUGAAAAUAAUGAUGAAAUAUAUGACGCGAUUGAUGUGA